GAAGUAGCAGUGUGUGUGCUGGACCUAAGGAGUGUGGACAGACCCACCCUCACACCCACCAUGGCAUGGAGUACGUCUACAAUCUGUGUUCUGGCCCUGGCUUUGACCAGUGGCCUCCAGGUGAACGCAAUGAGGGAGCGCCGGAUCAACCAUGUCAGCAACAUUUGUAGCAUGUGGGGAAAUUUCCACUUUAAGACGUUUGAUGGAGACGUCUACCAGUAUAAAGGAACUUGUGAAUAUAACCUAGUCUCUGACUGUAACGGUCCUGUGCAGGGUUUCUCUGUACAUGUGAAAAGAGCAGGGAUCCCUGGGAUCUCACAAAUCACCAGAGUGCUAGUCACUAUUGGAGACUUAGUCAUUGAGCUCACCAAGAAGCUGGUUAUGGUCAACAGCGAUAUUGUAAAACUGCCACACUAUGUAGCUGGUGUGAUGCUUGAAGAAAACUCCAUCUACAUUAAACUUUAUGCCAAAAUAGGCCUCAGUGUCACGUGGAAUAAAGAUGACACUGUCACGCUGGAACUGGACACUAAAUACUCUAAUCGUACCUGUGGACUGUGUGGAGAUUAUAAUGGGGCUCCUGUUGUUAAUGAGUUCCUAAGUGAUGGUCGUGUGACUGGCUUCAUCGAGUUUGGUAACAAGCACAGGAUCUUCAGCCCCAAUGACGUCUGUGAGGACCCUUAUGAAGAAUUUGAAAAUGAAGCAAACACAGUGGAAAAUUGCCAAUCAUAUAGAGAAGACUGUUCUGAGCUGCUGCUGGAUGAAUCCUGGUCCUUAUGUAGGAAUCUUUUGAGUCCAGAGCCUUAUAUUCAAGCCUGCAUGAUAGACAUGUGUGCUAGUCGCCCAGGAGACACUGACGAUACUGCACCUCUCUGCAGCACCCUGACUGAGUACUCACGUCAGUGCUCCCAUGCAGGGGGAAAGCCACCCAACUGGAGAACACCAACCUUUUGUGCUGUGACUUGCCCCUUUAACAUGGAGUACUCUGAGAGUGGUUCACCUUGUCAGGACACGUGCACACACACACACACCAGCUCUUUGUGCCAGGAACACAAGACGGAUGGCUGCUUCUGCCCACCUGGUACUGUUUUUGAUGAUAUCUCUGAGAGAGGCUGUAUCCCUCAGGAACAGUGCCAGUGUAAGCACAACAAGGUGUACAACACUGGAGAGGUUCUGCUCAAGGAUGAUGAAGAAUGUGUGUGUCAACAGGGAAGGUGGAUCUGCAAGAGUCUGUCUCUCCCAGGAGUGUGUGCAGUAGGGGAGGGAUCCCACUUCACUACUUUUGAUGGCAAAGAAUUUAGCUUCCAUGGGAACUGCUAUUAUGUUCUUUCCAAGGAAUGUGUGGACUCAAAGUUCACUAUUCUGGGACAGCUUAUUCCUUGUGUUGCCCAACAUAAAGACACUUGCCUGAAAUCAAUUGCAUUGCUACUCAACAAUGACAAGAGUAAUGCUUUACUCAUCAAAGAUGAUGGCGUGAUAAGGCAUAACGGAGAUAUAAGACUCCCUUACACCACUGCUGAAUUCACCGUCUUCAGGCCGUCAUCCUUCUACAUCAUGUUGCAGACUACCUUCGGGCUUAAUAUCCAUGUGCAGCUGGUUCCAGUCAUGCAGCUCUACAUCACUCUGGAUAAGAGCUUCCAGUCCAAGACCUGUGGUCUGUGUGGAAACUUCAACAUGGUGCUGUCUGAUGAAUUGAUGACCCCGCAAGGUGUAGUUGAAGGGACAGCCACAUCCUUUGCAAAUUCUUGGAAGGCUCAAUCCAACUGUCCUGACCAGAAAGAGAGGUUUGAUGACCCCUGCAGCUACAGCAUAGACAGCGAAAGUUAUGCAGAGCACUGGUGCUCUAAACUGAAGGGCAAGGAAGACAUUUUUGCCAAAUGCCAUUCUACUGUUAACCCAGAAAGCUACUAUAAGAGGUGUAAAUAUUCAAGCUGCAUGUGUGAGAAGAGCGAGGACUGUUUGUGUGCUGUCUUCUCCUCCUAUGUUUGGGCAUGCGCAGCCAAGGGGGUGUUCCUGCAACGCUGGAGAGACACAGUGUGUGAGAAAUACACUAAAAGCUGCCCAGCUUCCCAGAGUUUCAGCUACAAUGUUCAGCAAUGCCAGCGCACAUGCGACUCCCUUAGCUGGGAACGUCAGGGCUGCAGGACUGACUACGUUCCCGUGGAUGGGUGUGCCUGUCCAGCAGGGCUCUAUGAGAGUAUGAAUGGUGUUUGUGUGCCCAUGGACAAAUGCCCCUGCUAUCACAGUGGAGAGCACAUUAAACCUGGCAAGUCAAUUAACAUCAAAAAUGAUCACUGUAUUUGUACAAAUGGAAAGCUUCAGUGCCAAUCCUGGAAGCCUCGUAUUACAGGCUGUCCUGCUCCAAAGGUCUUCUUUAACUGCAGUACAGCAGGGCCAGAUGAGCAUGGGUUAGAGUGUGCACAAACAUGCACACAAAAGAAUGCUGAUUGUUAUCUCGCAGACUGUGAGUCGGGAUGCAAGUGUCCUGCAGGCCUGCUUGAUGACGGUCAUGGUAACUGUGUUAAUGAGCAUGAGUGCCCUUGCAAACAUGACAAUCACUUUUAUGCUCCAGGUUCACAAAUAAUGGAGGAAUGUAACAAAUGUAUUUGCAAACGUGGCGAGUGGGACUGCACCAAGUACAAAUGUCCUGGCACUUGCACCAUCUAUGGCAGUGGACAUUACAACACAUUUGAUAAGCAAAGAUUUGGUUUUAGUGGCUUCUGUAGUUACAUAGCUGUCCAGAACAACUGUGGAAAUAAGACGAGGACAUUUAAUGUGAUCACAGAGAACAUGCCAUGUGGGACAUCAGGGACCUCUUGUUCUAAAGCAGUUCGGAUUAUAUUGGGAAGAACAGAGCUGGAGUUGAGGGAUGGCAAAAUGACAGAGAUUAAGGCUGAAACAGGUCUAUCAAUAAAGUUCAAUGUGAGAUAUGUGGGUCUUUACCUGGUCAUUGACUCUGAAAUUGGUAUAACAGUGAUGUGGGACUUUAAAACAACAGUCCGCAUCAUUCUCCAACCCCAUCACAUGGGAGAGGUUUGUGGCUUGUGCGGAAAUUUCAAUGGAAAUGGCAAAGAUGACUUCACCACUCAAGACUCGCUGCAUGUUUCUGAUGUUCUGGAGUUUGUAAACAGCUGGAAACUAGACGAUUGCCCAGAGGCUACACUGGACUUUGAUCCGUGUUUUCAUGCACAAAACCGCCACACUUGGGCAAAACUGCAGUGCAGCAUCAUUAAAUCGGACACUUUCAAAGAGUGCCACAAUAAGGUGGAGUGGAUGCCAUAUUUCGAUAACUGUGUGAAAGACUCAUGUUCAUGUGACACUGGUGGGGACUGUGAGUGUUUCUGCACUGCUGUAGCAGCUUAUGCACAAGCCUGUAAUGAAGCAGGAGUCUGUGUGGCAUGGAGAACUCCACAGAUCUGUCCUGUGUUCUGUGACUACUACAAUCACCUGAAUGAAUGCAUAUGGCACUACAGUCCCUGUGAAACGCCAUGCUACAAAACCUGUCUCAACCCUAGCGGUAACUGCACCAACCCCCUACCAAACCUGGAGGGAUGUUAUCCUAAAUGUCCUCCGGAGAAGCCCAUUUUUGAUGAGAAGAAUCAGAUAUGCGUUAAGGAAUGUCUAGGAUGCUUCAUUAAUGGAACAGAGUAUACGCCUGGGGAGAAAAUACCAACUAAAAUACCGUGCAAUAUAUGUUACUGUCAUGAAAAUGGAUCUGAAAUAUGUUCACUCAAACCUGGGUGCUGCUUUUACAAUGGAAAAGAAUAUAAUGACACUGAUGUCAUAUACAAUGUAACAGACAACAUGGGAACAUGCUACUAUGCUAUAUGCAUAAAUAACACUGUCAGCAAUAGCAGCUAUCCCUGCCAAGUAGGCACCACACAACCACCAACAACAGAAACAUCAGCAGUAACAACAACAACACCUGAACCAAAACCAACAACUACUCCAGUAGUUACAACUGAAUCAACAACAUCACAGGAAACAACAACAAGUGUAUCAACUACAACAGGCAGUACUACAACACCAUGCAUUAUAUGUGACUGGACUGACUGGAUCAAUAUAUAUAACCCAUCAAAUGGGGGAGAUGAUUUAGAAACAUAUGAAAAUAUCAAGAACAAUGGAACUAAGAUAUGUGAAAAACCAGAAAUCAUCCAGUGCAGGAGUGCACAAAAACCUGAUGUGUCUCUUGAAGACAUUAUAAUAGGUACAGGCCAGGUUGUGGAGUGCAAUGUUUCAUUUGGUUUAGUGUGCGAAAAGAGGAAACAGACAGCACGCCCAUACAAAUGUUUGGAUUAUGAAAUUAAGGUAUUCUGUUGUAGAGAAUGUGAUUCUACCACAACCACUACUCCAGUGAUUACCACAACAUCCCAGCAUACAAUAACAACAACUGAAUCCCCUGUACCAAGUACAACAACCAAAGGUAGUACAACCCUUAAAACGGGGCCAACGUCUACAACUGAAAAAACUACCAAGCCAACAAUGACUCCAGUGGUUCCAACUAAAUCAACCACAUCUCAGCAGACAGAAACAACGCCACCACCUACGGUAUCAUCUAUAACACCUGAAACUGAGACAACAUCUACAACUGGAAAAACUACCACACCAACAAUGACUCCAGUAGUUCCAACUGAAUCAACCACAUCUCAGCAGACAGAAACAACAACACAAUUUAUUUUUUCAACUACAACACCUGAAGGCAGUACAACACUUAAAACUGAGCUAACAUCAUCUUCUGGAACAACAACAAAACCAACAACUACUACAGUGGUGACAACAACUACAACUCCUGUACCAAGUACAGAAACUGAAGGUAGUACAACCCUUAAAACGGGGCCAACGUCUACAACUGAAAAAACUACCAAACCAACAAUGACUCCAGUAGUUCCAACUGAAACAACCACAUCUCAGCAGACAAAAACAACACCACCACCUACGGUAUCAUCUACAACACCUGAAGCUGAGCCAACAUCUACAACUGGAAAAACUACCAAACCAACAAUGACUCCAGUAGUUCCAACUGAAUCAACCACAUCUCAGCAGACAGAAACAACAACACAAUUUAUUUUUUCAACUACAACACCUGAAGGCAGUACAACACUUAAAACUGAGCUAACAUCAUCUUCUGGAACAACAACAAAACCAACAACUACUACAGUGGUGACAACAACUACAACUCCUGUACCAAGUACAGAAACUGAAGGUAGUACAACCCUUAAAACGGGGCCAACAUCUACAACUGAAAAAACUACCAAGUCAACAAUGACUCCAGUAGUUCCAACUAAAUCAACCACAUCUCAGCAGACAGAAACAACGCCACCACCUAUGGUAUCAUCUACAACACCUAAAACUGAGCCAACGCCUACAACUGAAAAAACUACCAAACCAACAGCUACUACAGUGGUGACAACAACAUCUCAUCAAACAGUCACAACAACUGAGCUAACAAAAGAAACAGAUUUAACAGUUGUGACAGGGGCAACCACCAAACAAACUCAACCAACAGGUUCUCAAGUUAUUUUAACAACCACACCUGAAACUGAGCCAACAUCUACAACUGGAAAAACUACCAAACUAACAACUACUCCAGUAACUACAACUGAAUCAACCACAUCUCAACAGACAGAAACAACAACACCAUUUAUUUUUUCAACUACAACACCUGAAGGCAGUACAACACUUAACACUGAGCCAACAUCUUCCUCUGGAACAACAACGAAAACAACAACUACUACAGUGGUGACAACAACUACAACUCCUGUACCAAGUACAUCAACUGAAGGUAGUACAACCAUUAAAACAGUUACAACUGAAUCAACAACAUCACAGGAAACAGCAACAAGUGUAUCAACUACAACAGGCAGUACUACAAUCAGUGAAACUACACCAUGCAUUAUAUGUGACUGGACUGACUGGAUCAAUAUAUAUAACCCAUCAAAUGGGGGAGAUGAUUUAGAAACAUAUGAAAAUAUCAAGAACAAUGGAACUAAGAUAUGUGAAAAACCAGAAAUCAUCCAGUGCAGGAGUGCACAAAAACCUGAUGUGUCUCUGGAAGACAUUAUAAUAGGUACAGGUCAGGUUGUGGAGUGCAAUGUUUCAUUUGGUUUAGUGUGCGAAAAGAGGAAACAGACAGAACGCCCAUACAAAUGUUUGGAUUAUGAAAUUAAGGUAUUCUGUUGUAGAGAAUGUGAUUCUACCACAACCACUACUCCAGUGAUUACCACAACAUCCCAGCAUACAAUAACAACAACUGAAUCCCCUGUACCAAGUACAACAACCAAAGGUAGUACAACCCUUAAAACGGGGCCAACGUCUACAACUGAAAAAACCACCAAACCAACAAUGACUCCAGUAGUUCCAACUGAAACAACCACAUCUCAGCAGACAAAAACAACACCACCACCUACGGUAUCAUCUACAACACCUGAAGCUGAGCCAACAUCUACAACUGGAAAAACUACCAAACCAACAAUGACUCCAGUAGUUCCAACUGAAUCAACCACAUCUCAGCAGACAGGAACAACAACACCAUUUAUUUUUUCAACUACAACACCUGAAGGCAGUACAACACUUAAAACUGAGCCAACAUCAUCUUCUGGAACAACAACAAAACCAACAACUACUACAGUGGUGACAACAACUACAACUCCUGUACCAAGUACAGAAACUGAAGGUAGUACAACCCUUAAAACGGGGCCAACGUCUACAACUGAAAAAACUACCAAACCAACAAUGACUCCAGUAGUUCCAACUGAAACAACCACAUCUCAGCAGACAAAAACAACACCACCACCUACAGUAUCAUCUACAACACCUGAAGCUGAGCCAACAUCUACAACUGGAAAAACUACCAAACCAACAAUGACUCCAGUAGUUCCAACUGAAUCAACCACAUCUCAGCAGACAGAAACAACAACACAAUUUAUUUUUUCAACUACAACACCUGAAGGCAGUACAACACUUAAAACUGAGCUAACAUCAUCUUCUGGAACAACAACAAAACCAACAACUACUACAGUGGUGACAACAACUACAACUCCUGUACCAAGUACAGAAACUGAAGGUAGUACAACCCUUAAAACGGGGCCAACAUCUACAACUGAAAAAACUACCAAGUCAACAAUGACUCCAGUAGUUCCAACUAAAUCAACCACAUCUCAGCAGACAGAAACAACGCCACCACCUAUGGUAUCAUCUACAACACCUAAAACUGAGCCAACGCCUACAACUGAAAAAACUACCAAACCAACAGCUACUACAGUGGUGACAACAACAUCUCAUCAAACAGUCACAACAACUGAGCUAACAAAAGAAACAGAUUUAACAGUUGUGACAGGGGCAACCACCAAACAAACUCAACCAACAGGUUCUCAAGUUAUUUUAACAACCACACCUGAAACUGAGCCAACAUCUACAACUGGAAAAACUACCAAACUAACAACUACUCCAGUAACUACAACUGAAUCAACCACAUCUCAACAGACAGAAACAACAACACCAUUUAUUUUUUCAACUACAACACCUGAAGGCAGUACAACACUUAACACUGAGCCAACAUCUUCCUCUGGAACAACAACGAAAACAACAACUACUACAGUGGUGACAACAACUACAACUCCUGUACCAAGUACAUCAACUGAAGGUAGUACAACCAUUAAAACAGUUACAACUGAAUCAACAACAUCACAGGAAACAGCAACAAGUGUAUCAACUACAACAGGCAGUACUACAAUCAGUGAAACUACACCAUGCAUUAUAUGUGACUGGACUGACUGGAUCAAUAUAUAUAACCCAUCAAAUGGGGGAGAUGAUUUAGAAACAUAUGAAAAUAUCAAGAACAAUGGAACUAAGAUAUGUGAAAAACCAGAAAUCAUCCAGUGCAGGAGUGCACAAAAACCUGAUGUGUCUCUGGAAGACAUUAUAAUAGGUACAGGUCAGGUUGUGGAGUGCAAUGUUUCAUUUGGCUUAGUGUGCGAAAAGAGGAAACAGACAGCACGCCCAUACAAAUGUUUGGAUUAUGAAAUUAAGGUAUUCUGUUGUAGAGAAUGUGAUUCUACCACAACCACUACUCCAGUGAUUACCACAACAUCCCAGCAUACAAUAACAACAACUGAAUCCCCUGUACCAAGUACAACAACCAAAGGUAGUACAACCCUUAAAACGGGGCCAACGUCUACAACUGAAAAAACCACCAAACCAACAAUGACUCCAGUAGUUCCAACUGAAACAACCACAUCUCAGCAGACAAAAACAACACCACCACCUAUGGUAUCAUCUACAACACCUGAAGCUGAGCCAACAUCUACAACUGGAAAAACUACCAAACCAACAAUGACUCCAGUAGUUCCAACUGAAUCAACCACAUCUCAGCAGACAGGAACAACAACACCAUUUAUUUUUUCAACUACAACACCUGAAGGCAGUACAACACUUAAAACUGAGCCAACAUCAUCUUCUGGAACAACAACAAAACCAACAACUACUACAGUGGUGACAACAACUACAACUCCUGUACCAAGUACAGAAACUGAAGGUAGUACAACCCUUAAAACGGGGCCAACGUCUACAACUGAAAAAACUACCAAACCAACAAUGACUCCAGUAGUUCCAACUGAAACAACCACAUCUCUGCAGACAAAAACAACACCACCACCUACGGUAUCAUCUACAACACCUGAAGCUGAGCCAACAUCUACAACUGGAAAAACUACCAAACCAACAAUGACUCCAGUAGUUCCAACUGAAUCAACCACAUCUCAGCAGACAGAAACAACAACACCAUUUAUUUUUUCAACUACAACACCUGAAGGCAGUACAACACUUAAAACUGAGCCAACAUCAUCUUCUGGAACAACAACAAAACCAACAACUACUACAGUGGUGACAACAACUACAACUCCUGUACCAAGUACAGAAACUGAAGGUAGUACAACCCUUAAAACGGGGCCAACGUCUACAACUGAAAAAACUACCAAACCAACAAUGACUCCAGUAGUUCCAACUGAAACAACCACAUCUCUGCAGACAAAAACAACACCACCACCUACGGUAUCAUCUACAACACCUGAAGCUGAGCCAACAUCUACAACUGGAAAAACUACCAAACCAACAAUGACUCCAGUAGUUCCAACUGAAUCAACCACAUCUCAGCAGACAGAAACAACAACACCAUUUAUUUUUUCAACUACAACACCUGAAGGCAGUACAACACUUAAAACUGAGCCAACAUCAUCUUCUGGAACAACAACAAAACCAACAACUACUACAGUGGUGACAACAACUACAACUCCUGUACCAAGUACAGAAACUGAAGGUAGUACAACCCUUAAAACGGGGCCAACGUCUACAACUGAAAAAACUACCAAACCAACAAUGACUCCAGUAGUUCCAACUGAAACAACCACAUCUCAGCAGACAAAAACAACACCACCACCUACAGUAUCAUCUACAACACCUGAAGCUGAGCCAACAUCUACAACUGGAAAAACUACCAAACCAACAAUGACUCCAGUAGUUCCAACUGAAUCAACCACAUCUCAGCAGACAGAAACAACAACACCAUUUAUUUUUUCAACUACAACACCUGAAGGCAGUACAACACUUAAAACUGAGCCAACAUCAUCUUCUGGAACAACAACAAAACCAACAACUACUACAGUGGUGACAACAACUACAACUCCUGUACCAAGUACAGAAACUGAAGGUAGUACAACCCUUAAAACGGGGCCAACGUCUACAACUGAAAAAACUACCAAACCAACAAUGACUCCAGUAGUUCCAACUGAAACAACCACAUCUCAGCAGACAAAAACAACACCACCACCUACAGUAUCAUCUACAACACCUGAAGCUGAGCCAACAUCUACAACUGGAAAACCUACCAAACCAACAACUACUACAGUGGUGACAACAUCUCAUCAAACAGUAUCAACAACAACUGAGCUAACAAAAGAAACAGCUGUGAUAGGGCCAACCACCAAACAAACUCAACCAACAGGCCCUCAAGUUAUUGUAACAACCACAUCUGAAACAGAGCCAACAUCUACAACUGGCAAAUAUACCAAACCAACAAAUACUCCACUAACUACAACUGAAUCAACAUCACAACAAACAGUAACAACUCCAUAUCCUGUACCAACUACAACAGCUGAAAGCAGUACAACACCUGAAACUGAGCUAACAUCUACAACUGGAAGAACUACCAAACCAACAAUGACUCCAGUAGUUCCAACCACAUCUCAUCAGACAGAAACAACACCACCAUUUAUUGUUUCAACUACAACCCCUGAAGGAAGUACAACACUUAAAACUGAGCCAACAUCUUCUUCUGGAACAACAACAAAACCAACAACUACUAUAGUGGUGAUAACAACUACAACUCCUGUACCAAGUACAACAACUGAAGGUAGUACAACCCUUAAAACGGAGCCAACAUCUACAACUGAAAAAACUGCCAAACCAACAAUGACUCCAGUAGUUCCAACUAAAUCAACGACAUCUCAGCAGACAGAAACAGCAACAACACCUAUGGUAUCAACACCUGAAACUGAGCCAACAGCUACAACUAAAACUCAGACAACAACUACAACAGAAAAAACUACCAAACCAACCACUACUCCAGUAACUACAACUGAAUCAACAUCACAACAAACAGUAACAAUAACGCCACAUCCUGUACCCACUACAACAGCUGAAAGCAGUAUAACAUCUGAAACUGAGCCAACAUCUACAACUGGAAAAACUACCAAACCAACAACUACUCCAGUAGUUACAAUUCAAUCAACAACAUCUCAGCAAACUGUAACCACAACAACUUUUGUAUCAAGCACAAAAUCUGAAAGAAGUACACCUGAAACUCAGACAACUACAACUGGAAAGACUACCAAACCAACCACUACUCCAGUAGCUUCAACAACAGAGUGUUUCUGCAUAAUAAAUGGAAAGCAUUAUAAACCAGGAGAACCAAUACUUGAAGAUAAAGACAUUGGCUCGAGUGUAUGUUUGACCAUGAUCUGUUCUGAUAGUUGUGUAAUAUAUAACACAACAAGACCAUGCCCACCAACACCAACACCAACACCAACACUACCAACAGAGAAAAACUGCACAGACUGGGGAGUAAAAGAAAAUAUCACAUUUGAGAUCUGUAACUGCACAAUGGCCAGGUGCAUUGAAAACAAUAUUAUUGAGAUCAUCCCAUAUGAAUGUCCACCUCUUCAAAAUAUCACCUGUUCAAAUCGCAAACCACCUGUUCUGGUGCCAGAUGAAAAUUACUGCUGUGAACAACGUGCUUGUGACUGCUUUUGUGAAGGCUGGGGUGAUCCUCACUACAAAACAUUUGAUGGACGGUUCUAUAGUCAUCAAGGAGAAUGCACAUAUGUUUUAAUGCAGGAAAUCAGUCCUAAACAUCACUUGAAAAUUUACAUUGAUAACGUCAAUUGUGACCCCCGAGAAUCUGUGUCAUGCCCAAGAUCUAUCAUUGUGUCCUACAACAAUCUAGUGGUCACACUGAAAAACCACAACCUUAUAGGGGCUGCCAAGCUGGAGGCUUUAUUGGGGAAAUCUACUAUGAAAUUACCAUUUCAACAAAAUGGCCUGAGGGUGCUGAGCUCAGUGUUGAACUUAAUCCUGGAGAUUCCAAAACUGAAUGUUGUGGUCAUGUUUGGAGUCACCGGUUUCAGUGUAAACUUGCCAUUUCAGUAUUUUGGGAACAACACUCAAGGACACUGUGGUACAUGCAACAACAACAUGGAUGAUGACUGCAUGCUACCAGGGGGGACAUUUGUAGAUAACUGUGCAGCAAUGGCAAACUAUUGGCAAGCUAAAGACCUGAACAACCCCGAAUGCAAACCACCACCAGUGGAGCCAGAAACAGCUGCGCCCACAAAAACUCCUUGUCCGAUCAACACAGUGUGUGAGCUUCUAAAGAGCGAUUUGUUUAAGGAGUGUCAUCGCCUUGUGUCCCCUGAAAACUACUUUGCAGGCUGCCAGUUUGACAGUUGUCAUACGAGCAACCCAGCUGUGGUCUGUACCAGUGUUCAGACCUAUGCAUCACAUUGCUCUCAGGCUGGUAUCUGCAUAAACUGGAGGGACCACACUAAUCUAUGCACUGCCGAAUGUCCAGCAGAUAAAGUGUACCAACCUUGUGGACCUGCUGAUCCUCCAACCUGCAAAGACAAGCCUGAAGACCAUUUCCUUAACAUGACCACUGAGGGUUGUUUCUGUCCUGAUGGCAUGAAGCUCUUCAGUAAGGAGUCAGGAGUGUGUGUUGACAAGUGUGGAUGCCUGGACCCCUCUGGUCAAGGACGAGAGUUUGGAGAAGAGUUCCAGUAUGGUUGCCAGGACUGUGUCUGUGAUGAGGGAUCAGUAUCCAUCAUCUGCAAACCAAAGCAGUGUUCAAACAACAGCAACCAACUGACUUGCAGCGAUCCAGGAUUUAUUGUGGUCAAUGUGACAGAUCCGUUGGAUGCCUGUUGCACUAUACAUACCUGCAGCUGUGAGAGCAGCACCUGCCCCAGUGUAAAUGCCAAGUGUCCUAUCGGCUACACUCCUGUAUUCAAAGUGCCAGAAGGGAAAUGCUGCCCUGAAUACACAUGCGAGCCGAAGAGUGUAUGUGUCCAUAAGAGACAGGAGUAUGAGCCUGGUACUUCAAUCCCCGUCAUCGAUUGCCAGGAGUGCCACUGCACCUGGGAUGUGGAUCCGAAUACACAAUUGUAUAAGGUCCAGUGUGGAAUGGUGACUUGCAAUGAGAAGUGUGAACCAGGAUAUAGCUAUGUGGAAUCAGACACUGAUGAAUGCUGUGGAAAAUGUGUAAAGAGAAAAUGUGUCCUUAACUACAAUGGCACAGUACAGAUAUUGGAGAAUGGGGCAGAAUGGACUCCUUCAAAUGAUGCAUGUGACAAAUUCAUCUGCACACUGACUGAUGGAGAAUAUGUUACUACUAACUAUAAGAUCCAGUGCCCACCAUUCAACAUCAGCAAUUGCCAGCCUGGUACUGUGCAACUUUCCGCUAAUCGCUGCUGCCAAGUCUGUGUGGAUAUGGACAGUGGAUGUAAAGUACAGACCACUUUUGAUUACAUCACUCACAAUAGCUGCCGGUCAAAGACCAGAGUGGAACAAACACACUGUCAGGGACAUUGUAACAGCUACAGCAAGUACACUGAGUUAGGUGCUUCAUCAUGUAGCUGUUGUCAAGCGAGUCGCACCAGUAAGCGCCAAGUGAGUCUGGACUGUCUGAAUGGAGAAAUAAUAAAUCACACCUACUUCCAUGUUGAGGCAUGCAGCUGUGACCAGACUAAGUGUCUUGGAAAGUUCCAGAGCGUACACACUGACACAGAAGAUCCUCGCCGCAGACGCAGCUUCAGACUCCCAUAAGGAUGCACCUUAACAGCAAUAUCACCUUAACAUCACAGUCAGAAAGAGCUCCCUGUUAUGCAUUUUGUGUUUAGAAAUUUUGAAAAGAUUUCACAUGCUUUAUUAUGAUUAUUUUCAAAGAUGUCAUUUAUAGGAUCGAAUUGCUUUGCUUUUAAUUCAGAUAUAUAUGUAGCUGUUUAAAUAAAGUGCAGUUUAAAAGUCUUUGGUCAUCAGUUGAUGUAAUCCAGUGCACACAAAGUAGACUUAAAGUAAACUAUAUGAUUGUAUGUGUGAGAUGAGUUCCCUUUUUCAACUUUUUUUAAAUGUUCACUGUGUGAUAACUAACAAA